CCUCUUCAAACCAGUCCCAUCCUAUCCAGCUUUCACAUUUAAAUGCUGCAUGAUUAGCCUCACUGGUCACUACCAUCAGCCAAACAGUGGAAAAUGGAGUUUUGGAAACCGCUUCUGGCAUCUGGGUUCUUCUUGGCUUUCUGGGUUUUGGCUGUGGGAGGCCAGAGCUUACCACCCUGUUCUUUUCCGGCAAUUUACAACUUCGGGGACUCGAAUUCCGACACCGGCGGCAUAUCGGCCGCGUUCGAGCCAAUCAAAGCUCCUUACGGCGAGGCAUUCUUCCACAAACCGGCCGGGAGGGACGCCGAUGGCCGCCUUAUCAUAGACUUCUUAGCUGAGCGCCUUAAGUUGCCAUACUUGAGUGCAUAUUUGAACUCACUUGGAACAAAUUACCGGCACGGUGCGAAUUUCGCCACCGGAGGAUCCACCAUCAGGCGGCCGAACGAAACCAUUUUCCAGUACGGCAUUAGCCCUUUCUCCCUCGAUAUGCAGACGGCGCAGUUCCUGCAGUUCAAAGCUCGCACUGCCGAUCUCUAUCGCCAAGCCAAGAACCCUUCUGAGAGAAGCGCUUUGCCGGAUCCACGGGAGUUCGCAGAGGCUCUGUACACGUUUGAUAUCGGGCAAAACGACCUUUCCAUGGGUUUUCGGAAGCUCAGUUUCGACCAGUUUCGUGCAGAACUGCCGGACAUUGUCAACCAGUUAGCCACAGCAGUCCAUCGGAUAUAUGAAGAAGGGGGGAGGACGUUUUGGAUACACAACACAGGUCCUGUUGGUUGCUUGCCGGUACAAUUAUUCUACAACCUGAAUCCGCCGGCCGGUUAUCUCGACGACCACGGCUGCGUCAAGGCCCAAAACGACAUCGCCGUAGAGUUCAACACGCAGCUCAGAGACAAAGUCAUCAAACUAAGAGCUGAGCUGCCACAAGCCGCAAUCACAUACGUCGAUGUCUACGCCGCCAAGUACGGACUCAUCGGCACUGCAAAGACUGAAGGGUUUGCUGAUCCGAUGAAGGUUUGUUGCGGUUAUCACGUGAGAUACGUCCACAUCUGGUGCGGGAACAAGGGAAGCGUAAAUGGAAGCGAUGUCUACGGUGCUUCUUGUCAAAACCCGUCGGCUUUCAUUAGCUGGGAUGGAGUUCACUACACCGAGGGAGCGAACCAGUGGGUUGCUAAUCGUAUACUCAAUGGCUCGCCAUCGUCGAACCCGGCAAUUCCUAUUACUCAAGCUUGUCAUAGGCAUUGAUAGGUAGACAGAUAUCAAAAUAGUAAUAAGAUGUAUUACAAGAGAGGAACACUUAAGACUCGGUCUUUUCCUGUUACUGCUUCCCUCUUCCAUCGGAGGCUAACAGAGGUCGGAAAGCUAGCCGACCUCUUUUUAGUUCCAGUGGACAUGAAGAUUAAAAUCAGAGAUAACUACCCUA